AUGGCGCGAAGUCGCUGGAUCUGGAGGAUCCUAGUGGCGGCUUGCGCUGCUUGCUCCCUGGUGUCUGGAGUGGAGGACCCUUGCCAGGGCACAGAUCGAUGGUCCAAACUGAUCGCAGUACAAAGAGUUGGGCCUCAGAUUCGCCUGGUGAUCUUUGAUGCAAGGACUGGCGGUUCUGAGACCCUCAACGUCGCUGAGAAGAUCUCUUGUGACUGGUCAUCAUCCCUUGCGAUAGACAGCACAGAGAACAGGCUGUACAUCCAAACCGCAAACAACCUGAGCUCGUUGGAUGUGACUGCGUUGACAUCUACGACGAUUCGGCUUCAAGGCCCAAAUGACUAUGCCAAUGGCUUGUGGAACUUGGCGUUCUGGGAAGGCGGUGGAUACCUGGUAGCAAUGCUACCCAACAGAAACACAACGGGGAUUAUCAAAGUCGAUCCGAACGAAGGUAUUGUUCAGGAGUUGCAUACGGUACGGGGAACACCAAUCAAAGGACUGUUUUGCUUGAGCAGAUUCGAGGGAUCAUAUUACUUUGUCAUUCGCAAUGUAUCACAAAGUCUUUUGUGUAAGGUUGACCUGUAUGGAGGGACUGCUGAAGGGUGGUCAGAAGACGCGUUCAAGGACCUUGUAUCGAUACAUUGGGAUGGGAACGAUGCUCUGGUUGGAAUCUUCUUGAAUAACAACAGCAAAGCAGCCCUGUUACGCAAAAUCCAUUUCAACUCACGACUGAUCAGCGACAUUGUUGACGUACAAAACAUCAUGAGCAGGGACAGCUUUGCUUUGCUUGAUAAUCAGCACCUGGCAGAUUCCCAGGUGAUUCUGCCAAGUCCGGCAGGUCCUUGGAUCAUUUCGAGAAAUUCCAUGUCUCGAAGUCUUGGCUUGUUUCAGAUCUGCCAGAGGAAGUUUGUGAGCCUGGAGUCCCAGUCAGCCAUCGGCAUGGUGGUCUGGUAUCCAGCGGUUGCACAAGUGAAUUCAAGUGACAUGUACAUAAUGGGGAACCUGUCAACGACUGUCUACGGCCUGAACUUCGGCCUGCGAUCGACCACACAGCGCUUUCAGAUGGAGGGUGUCGUCCGACCCGCAGUCUGGGUAUCAGACUCAGCCAUCCAAGUGACAGUCGGAUCGACAGACUUUACGGGGAGAGAGAGGGGGGUCCUGGAGAUCAGGAAUGAUAACAUCGACCUGACUGUCAUCUAUCGCGAUUACUGGAAGGAUAUGAUGCCCUCCGACGGAUUGCUACUGGUCCAGGAGGGCGUUCCGACCAAGGUGUCAAUUUACGGCCUCUUCAACCUGUCGAAGAGGUACUUCUGCCAGUGGAACUUGACAAACUUCUGUCACAUCAACGAGGGUUGUUGCUACGAUGUGGCACAGACGAGGCCGCUGUCGAUCCAUGAGAUCACCUGCAACCUUCCCAGCUCGUUCGGUCAAGGCAGCUGCGAUGGUUUCUCCUGCGUCAGGAGGAUCCCGUUCAAGCUAGUGGACGAGUUCGACUCGGAGGUCCCCUGCUCUGCAGGGUCUCAGUGCGUGCAAGGCUUCACCAUCCAUCCAGCUGCGGCUGUCCGUCUGCACUUGAUCCAAUCGACAGCCGUUGCAACAGCUGGGAAGGUGCUGGACCCGCCCUUCAGCGUGACCGUCGUUGAUGAACACCUCAACACAGUCCCCACCGUUCAGGGCCAGGUCAGGGUGAAGUGCUACCAGCAGUGCAUGACUGGGGGUGAGAUCAAGAUGGCUGGGAACAUCACCGUCGAGAUCUACCGGGGGACGGCUCUGUUCACUGACCUGGCGAUCGAGACGGCUGGUAAUCUGAUGCUCCUCUUCGAGGCCGAGGGUCUUUCAGUGCUCCCCGUGCGCUUCAACAUCACCGUCUUCCCGGCGGAGGCCGACCACCUGACCGUUGAUGUUCAGCCACACCAGACCAUCGCAGGCUCGCCCAUGCUGGUCCAGCCGACAGUGCACAUCCUGGACAAGUACGACAACGUGGUGAGGGAAGGUCAGCACUUGGUCCGCGCGCAUCUCAUCCAGGAGACGUACACCUUCGACACUCCACCCAACGUCACCACCUGCCAAGACCUCCAGGGAAUUGCGCAGAACUCCAAGUGCUUCCAGUUCUGCACAGGCAGCAACAGGAUCGAAGACGCCGUGCUGGGCAACAGCUCAGUGCUCUCGAGCGGCGGGGUGGUUGCCUUCACCGACCUCUCCAUCACGGCAGGGACGUCGCGACCGAUUCGGCUCCACUUUGCCUCCGAUGGACUCCUGGCCACGACCUCUGACGCGCUCAACAUCUCUCACUCGAACUUGUCCCACAUCUGCACUUGUCGAGGCCUUCAUCCCUCGUACGUGAGCAUGGUUGACAUGGACAUACCGCUUGUGUACCUGCUUGACAGCUGGAACAACAUCUUGACGCAUCCUCGGGGCCCAAUCUCUGUGCGGGCCAGCCUUCACGAGAAUGCAACGUGCCAGAACUUUACUGCUGGUGGUCAUCUCUUCGGCAUGGCGGAGGCUGGGCCCGAGCUGGGAGUUGUGACCUUCAGCAACCUGCAGGUGAACACGGUCAGCGAGUGGUACUUCAUGAGGUUCGAAGACGAGGGUCAGUUGACCUCGAUCACAUCCGACACCUUUGCUGUCCGGGUUGGGGUACCUCACCACCUCUCUAUCACCCAGCAGCCGUCCGACGGUGUCGCCAUGCAGCCCCUGCCGCGUCAACCUGUCGUGCACGUGCUCGAUGCCGGCAACAACACGGUCCCGCAGCAGCUCCUAGUCAACAUCUCUCUCCAGCACUCGGGGGGGUACGCUCUCCUGCCCAACGUGUCGCUCCACCAUUGGGAAGGAGAGCAUCUCUUCGGCAGCACCUCCGUCCUCUCCCAGCGGGGUGUGGUCACCCUCACCGACCUCUACAUCUCGCUCGCAGCCAUGGACUUCCAGCUGAUCUUCACCUCCUCCUGCUGCCUUCAGGCGGAGAGCGACGCCUUCGAGAUCGUCUUCGGCCCGGCAUGGCGCUUGGCAGUGGCGGUUCAGCCUGGGAACGGCAGCGGGGGCCUCCCUCUCGAGUCCCAGCCUCAGGUUGACGUGCUGGACCAGGGAGGAAACAGAGUCUUCAACUCUAGCGCGACCGUCGUUGCUCUUCUGACGUUCAACCUGACGGCUGAGGAGGCCGAGGCGCUGUCGUGGAACCGCUCUGGAUCGUGCGCGGAGCAGCUGGAGUGGAUGGUAGGCAACGCCUCGGUUGUGUCCAGCAGCGGCCGAGCUAACUUCACCAACGUCGGGGGGAUGCGAGCUGAGAAAGGAUACAGGUUCUUCUUCUGCUCCGUUGAGCUGUACGGGGCCUUCAGUGAGCCCUUCGAUGUGCUGGUCGGGCAAGUCUUCGCCCUCAAGUUCUUCGUCGGAGUCUCCGACGUCGUCGCAGCUGAGCCGCCGGCCCGGCCAGCCCGGGUCUGCCUGGUGGACCGAGGGGAGAACAUCGUGCUUAGCAGCUCAAUCGAGAAGAUCGAGGUGGUCCUAGUGUCUUCCCAACUCAGCUGGACUGUGAACGUCUUGUCCGCCUGCAUCUCUACAGCUGGGGUCCUGAUCAACAAGGCAGGCACCUACCGGCUCGCCUUCUCCCUCCCCGUGAGCGAGCAAGGGAAGGCGGAGAACUCUAGCCUCCUGCUCGUCAGCGACUCGUUCCGCGUGCUGGUCGGGGCUCCCUUCGCUCUCUUCCUGCAGGAUGCGAUCAACUUCACAGAGAUCAUCGCCGGGCACGCGUACGACCGCUCCCUCCUCGUCUCCGUACUGGACAAGGGAGGGAACGUGGUGACCAACUACUCGAACCCUCUGCAAGUUUCUCUCCAAGACGGCAACGAGACGGUCGCCAACACCUCCCUCUCCUUCUCUCUCGCUUACGCCGACGGGACUUUUACCAUCUCCAACCUCACGACUUGCCUCAUCGGAAGUCGCUUCUCCCUCCUCCUCACCUCGGGCGAGCUUCCCCACCUCCGCACCGCUCUUUUCGUCUCCCGAUCAGGUGAGAUCGCAGACAUGAGGAUCGUCUCGCAGACGACUUCGGCCGUGGCUGGGACGCUGUUCUCCCCCAUCAACUCCAUCGAGAUCAUCGACAAGUGCGGCAACCGGGCCUUCGGCUUUGCGGACGGGGAGAGGGCCCUGGUCGAGCUUGUCAACGCCUCCUCCUCCGUCCGUUUGUACGGGAUCAACUCCUCCUUCCUCCAAGACGGAGUCGUCCAGUUCAGCGAGCUCAUGAUGACGAAGGCAGGUCAGUCCUACUUUCUGCGCUUCGUUAUCCCGGAGCUCUUCAACGUUCCCCUUUCCAUCCUCAGCCUUCCGCUGGUCGUCCAUCCCAACACAGCAAGCAGCAUCUUCGCGUCCACGACAGGGGAGGGCCUCUUCAAGGUCGACGAGCCGCUCGGCUUCCUGAGCGUGCAGGUGCUGGACAAGUACAAGAACGAAGUAGAGGCCGGGAAGGAGCACAACAUCAGUGUCGAGCUGCUGUCCAUCAGCUCCAAGACGAUAACCAAGGACUGUGUCGGCUACAUGGCAUGUGACGUGGAGAUCGACGUGGUCGAGCAGGACUUCGUAGCUUUCGCCUUCCUCUCCGUCUCCCUCACCUGCACAGACUUCGAUCACAAAACAGAGUUCGUGAGGCUCUACGGGGUGGGAAACGAGCCGGUCAUUCUAGACGGAGAGAGUGAAAUGUGCAUGGGAAGCUGUGCGCGGACUGAGACUGUCCUCCACCGCCUCGACGUCACUCAACUGGCGCGGGGAGGGAAACUUUCCCUGAGCCUGCAGGCGACAGAGGAGGUCAACUACUACCCGUGCGACGGCAACUUCGUUAUCGCUACCUUCGAGCUCAUCCUCUUCCUCGGCACCCCCUCCCCCUCCUUCGGUACCCAGCAUGUGCUGGUUCAGACCCACCGCAGCCUCGAGGACUUGUCGAUCCUCACGACAACGGGAGACUACCUCCUCCUCUUCCAGGACGUCGACCGGAACCUGUCCUUCCACUUCGUCAACUUCACGCUGCUACCCGGGAAUGCGGUCAGACUCCAGAGCGUCCGGUCCCCUGCUGGAGGGAGAGGAGGGGAGCUGCUAGACCCGCAGCCUAUCGUGCAUGUGGAGGACGCGGGUGGGAACCUGAUCUCGGAGGCGACUGUCAAUGUUUCUGCCUCCCUCAUUCAGGCGUCUCAGGGGAAUCUGUCCUCCAGCCUGCGGGGCGGUACUGUGCUCCACUCCCAGCUGGGAGUGGCUGCCUUUACCGACCUCCUUGUCCUCCUCGCCCCGGACACGUACAAGCUUCUCUUCUCCGCCCAGGGUCUGGCGACGGUUGCGAGCGGCUCCUUCAACGUUACCAUCGGCCCCCCGCGUUUAGUCUCCAUCCUCACCAUGCCCUCUUCCAUCGUCAGCGGCGAGACCUUUGCUCCUGUCCCUGUCGCCCAGCUGGCUGACCUGGGACGGAACUUCGUGGAGGAGGAGAACGUCCUUAUAACGGCUGACAUCGCCGCCAACGGAGGAGUCGACGGGGAGCUGGUGGGCGAGACAACGAGGGGGACCAACGCUAGCGGAACUGCGACGUUCGGCGCUAUUACCAUCCACAAGGCAGGGGAAGGCUACUCGCUAUCCUUCCGCUUCCCCUCCGUCGUCUCCCCCGAGUCCUCCACUUUCUUCAACGUCACCGCGGGGACGGCAGACAGGUUGAGGAUGCGCAUCCAGCCAGUCGGAGGGGAUGCGGGAGUCGCACUGAACCCUCAGCCGAGCCUUGAGGUAACGGACAGCUACGGCAACGUGGUGAGAGAGACGAUCGGGGGGCUGACAGUCCAGCUGCUCCCUACCUCAGGGAUCUUCACCCGGCCAGAUGGGGACGAGAGGUUCGAGGGGACGGGCUAUGUGCAGGAUGAAGAAGGGGUUAUCCACUUGUACAACCUGACGGUCAAGGUGGCGGGGGGAGGCUUCCGCUUCCGCUUCGGAAGUGCUGUGCUAGCGAGCGCAGACAGCAACGAGUUCGCGGUGAGGAGCACGGCAGACAUGCUCGUGCUGAGCGGGAGGGCGCUGGUGAGCGGGAGGACGACGGAGACGUUUGGCAACUCGAGCAUACGCACGCUCCUACUGGCGCUGGCUUCCGUGGGGCAGGUGGACCCGACGAGCAUCGAGGUGCUGGGGGUGGUGGACCUGAAGCUGCGGAGGAGGAGGCUGCUGGUUCCAUCGGUGCAGGUCGCGUUCGAGAUCUCUACUUUCGCUUCCCUCCCUGCCCUGACCCUCAACGCGGUCAAUGGCUACCUGGCCCAGCACAACAGCUCCUUCCUCCUCCUCCAGCUCGAUAUCUUCGUCAAGCCCGCGUCCCUAGACUCGUGGCAGGGGCUGUGGGUGGCCGCGCCCAACGUCUCAGCGGGGGUCAAGGAGGAGCGCUCAACCUCCUCGCUCUCUCUCUUCCUCCAGUCGUUCCGCUCGCACCCUCCCCUCAGCUGCCAGGGAAGGCCGCAGGACAGCAACCAAGUCAGCAUGUUCUGCUAUGAUGCAGAGCAGAGCCUCUUCGGUGCCGUCUCGCUCAUCAGGAGCGGAAAGUCGAUGCAGGGCAUCAUCUCGAGCAAGCACCUCCUCUCCCAGCAGUUCACCGGAGUUCAGCACAUCAACUCCUUCCUCUUCAGCGACGUCAACGGGCCCGUGCGCGCAGUCGUCCUCUCGUCCUCCUUCCGAGACUCGCCCGGCAACGCCCCGUCCCCGCUCCUCUCCAUCUCCCUCGUCGACGGCCAGCUGAAUUACACCAAACUCCACGACCUCUACACGGAGGGCGCGGUGGCCUCGAAGCAUCUGAGUAUCUUCGGCAAGGACUACCUCUUCUUUGCGAACCACUUCGACUUCUACAUGCAGAGCUACGUCACCUGCUCCUUCAUCUACACCUACGAGAGGUACCUCGGCAGCUGGAGGAGAGCUGGGCAGGUGGUGACGUUCGGCGCGUCGGCGGUUGAGGCCUUCCAGCUGGACGGGGAAAGCUACGUGACGAUAGCAAACUUCUACAAUGGGAGCGACUACGAGCUGCCGUCGAGCAUCUACCGCAUCUCCUUCUUCAACGCCGAGCAGGUUGAAGACACCAACGUGCACCUGACGGCCGUCCAGACCCUCCAGACCAACGGGGCCCGGGACGUGAAGAAGUUUGAGAGGGGACAGCACCAGUACCUCGUCUUCACCUCCCAGAUGGGAAACCGUGUCGACCUCUUGCUGUGGGACGGCGAUCUGUUCCAGCCUCUUGCGCCCCUCGUCGUUGUCCAGCCCACCUUCAUUGAGGUCUCCUCCUCCUCCUCCUCCGUUUUGGUAGCAAUCGCGUCAGCGGCGGGAGGCGUGAGUGUGUUCAAGCUCGGAGCAGACCACAGUCUCGUGCUUCUGCAGAACGUCAGUUCUGACAUCGUCAGCUCCCUCCGCUUCAUCGACCUGCCCCAGUACCUCCCGCACAUCCUGGGUUACAAGGCAGCGCAUAAGUGUAUCCUGUGGGCCUCCUCGCCGUACCAAGAAGAGCUUGGGAUGAUUCGGAUCUUCUGCAAUGAUGCCAGCAGCCCCGAUCGCUUUUCCCUCACCCACGAGCUCCCCAGCUCGCACGCCACCGCCGUCUCCCUACUCGACUUCUCCACCGCCUCCUUCGACAGCUUCCUGCUCUCGGCCAGCGGGUGGAAGGGCAGCAACGCGCUGGAGUACUUCCACUUGGACUCUCUGACCAUGGCGAGGGAGGCGGACAGGAUCUCGAGCCCGUACCUAGACUCUUACGACCUUUUCCUGCAGAACUCCAGCUAUCUCAUCUCCUCCCAACUCUGGGACGGCAACCAGUUCGCCAAGAUCGGCACCCUCCGAUCAGCUUGUGUCCAGCUCAAUUCCACUGCGGGUGACACCCUCACCACCAACGUCUCGAGCGUUGUGGAUGAGAGUGGGGCCGUCGUCGUCCAGAACUUCUCCUUCCCCGUCACCUGCAAGCCCGUCACGCUGCAGUUUGCGCAUCCCUUCCUUUUCUCCGACCCUAGCAGAGUCUUGAGCGUCAUCCCCUACCCCGGAACCUCCGCGUCUCUGUCUUUCUGCGCUGACCUGACCGUCUCGAGCCUCAACUCAAGCGAGCUGCUUGCCCAGCUUGGCAGCCAAUUGGACUUGACCGCUGAGACCGUUACGCCGUUCGACGCUCCUCCCAGCUCGCUCAGCUGCUUCCGCCUAACCUUCAGCAGCAACGACCAGCUCGUAACUGCCAUCAGCUACUCUCAGUCUCCGGCAUUCGCAGCCCUCGGCCUCUCCAACUUCACCUACCAGCCGGCCGCCCCAGCUCACGGCUCCCUCCUCAGCCUCCUUGGCUGUUCCCAGCUGGAGGGAGGGCGGUGCCACGUUGUCACCAACGAGACUUUCUCCGCGGAUCUAGAGCUCCGCGACUGCUUUCUCCAUCCUCUCUCCUUCUCUCGAGGUCCUCUCCAGCCGCACGUGCAGUCGAAGCCCUCGGGAAGCUUCCUCGCCUCCUCUGCCGCCUUCACCAGCCCCAGCCCAGCUGCCUUGAAGUUUUCUCAGCUCAUUGUAACCCGCAGCGGAAAUUUCGAGCUGGACUUCUCCCUCCCCGGCUUCCUCAGCCUUUCAGCUCCUCUCUCCUCCGCCCUCCGCUCCUACUGGAACGACCAGCUGGGCGGGGCUCUACAGGGCUCCCUCUCACAGACAAGAGGCUCCUCCAUUUCUUCCUGGAGGGAGGAAGUCCUGGUGCUCGGAGGAGGAGGAGGAGGAGUGACGGCCCAAGGAGCUCAGCUGCGCUUAUUGAACACAGCCGACCUCAGCGUAAAGCUUGCAAACACAACAGGAACUCGACCUCCUCCUCUGGUGGGCCAUGCUACCGUCGUCUGCCAUGGCAGCCUGUGGGUACUGGGGGGGCGGAAUGCUCAGACGGAGGAGCAGGAGGAGGCGCUCUACAGGCUGGACCUGCAGGAGAUGAGCUGGACUAGCUUCAACGGGCAGGCCUGCAGGCCUGUCAACCUGGUCGAUCCGCACCUCACAUGCUCAGAGCGCUACCUGCUCACGCUGGUGAACCAGUCGCAGGUGAGUGGAGGGUGUGCAGGAGCAGGAGCAGCAGUGGGCGAUGGGCCUGUGCUCCUGAGAUACUCGUUCGUUCACGAGAGCUGGGGCAUGCUGCAGUUGGCCUCGAACUUCCCAGCGUCCGCUCCUCCUCCGCUCCUCUUUGGGGAUGCCAACCUGAGCUCUGCAUACCUUGUCGACGGAGCAGAUCGAUUGUUCAAGGUCGACCUGGAUGCGAACGUGACCACAUACCUCAGCUCCAUCUCACCAGGAUCGCACAUCCUCACGUCCUACGACUGGGUGGCGGCUGAGAAGACACGGUUCCUGUUCGUCCUCCCCUCGGACUCCCCCAGCAGCCCUUCAGCCGUCAGGGUCCAGCUGCUGGACCUCUCCGACGAGGCCAAUCCCCUCUUCAUCGACCUCCUCAACUCAGCCCGCUCUUUCCCCAACAUGACAAGUGCCAGGCUCACUCUUCUCUCCCAGCAUCGCUUCCUCCUCAAGGUUGACAGGAGCGGGCAGGACACCAGCACCCUCGUCCUCCUCUCCUUCUCCAAGAGCCUCCAGCUCCUCCUCCGGCCCCGAGGGCUCCCGGCCACUGCCAUGGUCGGCGACAUCCUCCGCCUCGACCCCCUCGGGAUCGCCGACCUUGGCGGCUCACUCAACACCCUUGACAACUCUACGGAGGUCAGGGUGUCAGUCCAGGGCCAGCUGGCCUCUGGCCUGCUGGCGGGCAGGACGGUAGUGAAGGCGGUGGGAGGACGGGCCUUGUUCACCGACCUCCGGGUAGUGACGCUGGUGAGUCGCUCCCCUCUCAGUCUCGUCUUCUCCUCCCCCGGGCUCCUGCCCUUCCGCACACCCCCCCUCGUCCUCCGCCCGGGCUCCGUCCGGAGCCUCCGGCUGUCGCAGGAGCCCCUGGGCGUCUUCGUGGGGGAGGCGUUCUACGAGCAGCCAAAGGUGGAGCUGCUGGACGAGGGAGGAAACGUCGUCGACUACGAUCGGUUCUCGCUUGUCACAGCCCAGCUGACGUCGAGCAACGGCUCGGUCAUCGAGGAACUUGCUGGUACGGCGGCGGUGAAGGUUGAGAACGGAGUCGCGUCCUGGUCCGACCUCAAGAUCCUUUCCGCCCCCUCCUCCCCAUUCUUCCUCUCGUUCUACAGGCCUGGAGUCCCCCGGCUCCUCGUCCAGCUCAACUUCACCUCCUUCUCCAGCACGUCCCUGCAGGUGGGGAACGUGACAAGCAAGGAGGUUGUGAGCGGAAAGCCCUUCAUCCUCCUGGUCGAGAGGGUCAUCCCGGAGGUCGGCAGCCGAGUCAUCGGCAGCGACGACUCAACGCAGGUGACGGUCCAGCUGGUCGGGGAUGAGGCGGCGAGUCUGGGAGGUCAAACGACAGUGACGAUGACGGGAGGAGUCGCGACUUUCUCGGACCUCGUUAUUGACAAAGCAGGGCAGAACUACUCCUUCCUGGUCUCUGCCGCCUCCUCUGACGGGCAGGCGCUGACUGCCCGCUCUGCCCGCUUCGUCGUCCUCCCUGCUCAAUACUUCCGCCUUUCCAUCGUCGUUGAGGCAAACUCUGCCUAUGGAGGAGAAGCUUUUGCUGUACAGCCUGAGAUUGAGCUCCUCGACCUGCAGAACAAUCGCGCCACCCUCGACGACCACACGCGAGUAGCCGUCGAGCUCGUGGCCGCGGAUGGUGGAGGAGGGAAAAUCUGCGGGAAGACGAUCAGGACAGCCGAGCAGGGGCUGGUCAAAUUCACAGACCUGGCGGUUGACCGGUCAGGGAGCUACACGCUUCGCUUCUCCGCCUCCUCCUACAACGAGACAGUCUGCUAUUUCUCUCGACUCUCCUCCCCGGACGUCAACUGCUCCUGCAACUGCAGCGUGCAAGGCGCUCCCUUCGCCGUUGACGUCGGCGGGCCGUACAGGCUAGUGGUCCAGCGAUCACCCUCCAACGGGACCGGGGGCACGGCGCUGCCCACCCAGCCUCAGGUGGGUGUGGUAGACAGGGGAGGAAACUACCUGCAGCAGGUGGCGCCGGACCUCAGCGUUUCAGCCUCCCUUGAGAUCCCAAGGACGGACAUCAGCGACUUUCUCGUCCUCCUCUCGUCCUUCCCGACGUCCUCCGUGCUCGGCAUGCUCCACCUCCGGGUCCAACGUGACGACUACGUCGUCUUCGCCUCGUUCGAGGCCAACGGCGAUACCUCUGUCAACUCAACCGUCUACAUCCUCAACACCCAGGGCCAGCUGGUCCCUCAGCUGGACGUGUUGACUAGCGGGGCGAGCGACUGGUCGACCUUCAAGGUGGAGGAGGAGCACUUCCUCGUGCUCUCGAACCUCUUCGACGCGUCCACGAUGCUCUUCGACGUACCUUCUCACGUGUACAGGUUCAUGCCCGGGAACCAGCCUCAGCUCUUCCUGGUCGACAGCCUGCAGACUGUUGGGGCGAUCAGCGUGGAGGCGUUUCAGGUCGGCAAGACGCCCAUGGCGGCGAUCGCGUGCCAGGGGGACGGGACGGCGGCAGCCGACUCGCUCAUCUUCACGUUCAACUCCAGCGGGCACCCGCGACUGCUGCAGAGGGUCGAGACGCACCUGGCACAGGGGGUCGCGCACAUGUCGAUCGACUGCCUUGACUACCUAGUCAUCUCCAACUCCUUCAACUUCACCAGCGCGACGGGAGAAGGGUCGGUGCUGGUGCUCAGGUGGGAGGAAACUGCUUUCACCCCCUACCAGCUGCUUCCCCUCCAGAGCCCCACGGCCGUCAGCGCCUACGUGGCCUCGACCCGCUCGUUUUUGCUCGUCGGUAGUCGGUUCGGAAACUCUUCUCUGUUCCUCUUCGACGGCGGCUACUUCCGUCUGCUCCCUCCCCUCUCCUCUGCCGUGCGCAUCGAGCGGCUCUCUUCUUUCGAGUACGGAGGCACCAGCAUCAUCAGCUUCGCUUCCUCCGCGCUUAACAAGGACGGGAGCGCGACCGUCGGCCUCGUCACCCACCCCAACCUGGUGGAGGAGGGAGGGAACUUCGUCUGGGAGGCGCCGGCCAGCGUCGCCGAGCUCCCGCUCCCUUCCUCCGUCAGCGACGUGCUGCACGUGCGAACUUUCGGUGGACCUGACUUCCUGGUGGUGAGCGAGAGGGAGAGGACAAGCGUCUUCGCGCUGCACCCCAGGAAGGCGCUGACAGGUCAGAGCCUUGCCGUGAUGCAGAACGGGACCGGUGGAGGCAACGCCGUGGCAACCUUCGAGGACCUGGCAGUUCCGGAGGCAGGCAGGUGGAACUUUCGGUUCUCCUCUGUGAACUUGGAGGAAGCGCAUACGGGUCCCUUCCUCGUCAAGGUUGGGCCCAGGCACUCCCUCUCUGUCCUCGUCCAGCCGGCGCAAGGGAGGGGAGGAGAGCCGCUGCUGGUCCAGCCCAGCGUCCGCUUCCUGGAUGCCGGAGGGAACUGGAUCGCAGACGCUGAGGGGGAUGUAGUGUCUGCGGUCCUGGAGCAGGACGACUCGACCUUUUGCCUCAACCGCUCCAAUGUCUCCUUCGCUACCACUGUGGGUGGGGUGGCGAACUUCACAGACCUGAUCAUCAAGAGGAUAGGUAGCGGGUAUACCUUCCUCUUCUCCUCCUCCACAUUCAACGUGACCUCCGCAAACGUCACCGUCCUCCCUGGCAACCCGACCUCCUUCCGCUGGGUUCGCUACCCCGCUGACAAUGAGACGGUAGGAACGCUCCUCUCCCAGCCCUCGCUCGUUGCCAUGGACCCGGCAUGCAACGACGCCGCCUCGCACUCGCUCAGGGUAACGAUCUCCUUCUCCUACGACCCCUCGGGGAUGGCGACGCUGCUGGGAACGACGACGAUCUACAGGAAGGGGCCAGUCGUGACGUUCACGGACUUGAUGAUCGACAAGACGGGCAGUCGGUUCCAGCUCAAGCUCCAGCUGGAGCGAGCGCCGGAUGCUCUCAGCUCCUCCUGGAAUGGGUCGGAGGUCUUGGAGCUCCCAGCAAGGUUUGCAGGAGGAGAUGUCUCCUCCUUCUUCUCCGUGUUGCCUCGUUCCUCUGGUAGCCUCGUGAGCACUAGGAGAGUGGUGGCAAGGGGCUGGGGGACGGCCUGGCCCAACGGGACUCUUGCUCUGUCCCUCGGCGCGUCUCCCCGCUCAGACUACCUGGCCGGCUUCUUCGUGCGCGUAAACUCCUCCUCCUCCUCCUCUCCCCAUCUCUUCCGCAUCAAGUCGCAGACGUUCGACCCAGCCACCUUCUCCGUGUCCCUGGUCCUCUUCGGAAACCCGCGGGACUUCCAGCUGGAGGGGCAGGUGAAGUAUGAGAUUCUGGCGCCAGCUGGGGACGAGCUGACGCUCGAAGUGCGGGGGAGCAACAGUCACCCGUCAGCCCACGGAGUCUACGACCUCCUGACCGAGGGCGAGUACCCCUCCUUCCUGCAGAGGACCACCACCUCCCUGCUCCUCAACGCCUCGGGUCUCGGGCUGGCGGCUGAGUACGACGGGGUCUACGCUGUGGUGCCCGAGCGGGUCAACGGGAAGACUUUGUACAAGCAAGAGGAGGGCAGCAACUUCUUGUUCCAAAACGGGACGGACUCAGUCUUGUACUGGCCGUCAGCGGACAAUACGCAGGAUCGGAGCGAGGGGUGGAUCUUCGACGAAGCUGCUUCGUCCUCCUCCUGGAUCGUCGGGGAUGCAGCGACGUUGAGCGGGGAGCGCGUCAACUUCAACGACCUCGUGGCGGUGGAGAGGAGGCACGUGAUCGAGUACGACCAGCUGAACCUCUCGUGGGUCCUGCGAGACGGCGAGACGGUCGUCUUCCGAGCUUCGAGCCAGCAGAAGUCGCCAGGUCUCUUCCUCCAGCAGUGGGUCGAGCUGAACCCCAGCAAUGGAGGGAUCUCGUGGAUAGCGAGCAGCCUCGAGAUCACCUACCAGCCUGCGGCCUCGUUCUCGGACGACUGGGGCAACGUUGCGGACUUUGAAGGCUUUCAGGACACGGAGCUCGUACCAAAGUCAAAGAUCUUCGCGCAGUCCUGCUUCUCAAACCUGCUCAUCCAGCGCCUCGUCUACGGCUCCUACACCUCCAAGAGCUUCCAAGUCCAAGGAAGGGACCUCGUCGUCCUCGUCAGCGGGGCAGAGGGCUGCCUCCCUGAGUUUCAGAUCAACUCGACGAUGAUGAUGUGGAUCAAGAGGAAAGUAAGCCUCCUCCGACAGAUCGACAACGGAGAUUUCGACGGGGAGCUGGACGCCUGCCCGGGGGGCUGGACCUGCGAGGGGAACGUGAGCAAGAACCACGACUGGAACUCUCCUUUCUUGGUCCAUCGCGCCCACGGGAGCUUCCAGCCGACCCGCCUUUUCAACUACAAGUCAAGACUGCCUCCCCCCGGCAUCGCCCUCGGCCCGUUCACAGGCAGGAUUUCCCAAACGAUCCUCCAUGGAGCGCACAAGGGAGACGUCAUUCGAGUCAACUUUAGCGCGGCCCAGGACUGGUUCAACGGGACCAUGUCGGCGUACCUGAGCAGGCCUGUUGGCCAGCUGACUGUACUGAUGAAUGAGGAGAGAGUCUUCGGGCCGAUUACUCCGUCCCCGAUCCACUACUACGAGCUGCAGAACUACUCGUUCCUUGCGCGGGUGGACCGGCCGUACUCCGUCUUGACGUUCCUCUACACGAGCUACGAGCAACGGUUCUCCCCUGACUACCCAGCCGCGAGGACCAUCGUCACAGCGGUGGAGAUCACCAUGCAUUCUUCGCUCCUCCCCUUCGAGGCGAUCGAGCUGACAGGGUCGAUGAUCCACCCUGAGUUCCAUGGCGAGUACAUGAAGACAGACGUCAAGUACGACGGAGGAGCGGGGCGAUGGUAUGGAGGAGCCAACGUGUACUGGAAGCAAGUCACCCAAGAUAUCAGCAUGAGCUGCUUCCUCUUCUUCGAACACUCGAGAGGCUCUUGGAUGGUCAUGUCAAACUAUCGCCUUCGCAGAGGAGCUCCUCCUGAGUUCGUGGCCGCGGGCUCUGCAUACUUGCUGCGAAGUUCCGAUGGAGGAGCAGAGCCGCUGCAUCGAGUGUCUCAGUUCGGUCCGGACUAUGCGGGUGUGCUGGGCCCGUGGAGGGAGUGGAACGCAAGCUUCGAUGUCAACGACACGAGGGCGGAGGAGGCUGGACUUCAGGCCCUGCGGGACUUGACAGCCUGCAAAUACGCCAACGUGACUAGCGGGCAGGGCUGCUUCUACGAGGAGAGCCUGGACUUGUCGAUCAAGGAGCUCCCCUCGACCUUGCAGACGAUCUUUGAAAUCCCGACGCUUGCUGCUGUCGACUGUGAAAACUUCACAGUGGGGAACUCCAAUUUCCUCGUCUUCGCCAGCUUCUAUAAUGAGUCCGGCAUCGGAAGCUACUUCGUGGACUCGCACGUGCGUUGGCGUGGGUGGACGCAGCAGAUGGAGGUGUACAAGUUCUCCAUCGACGGCUCCUACCAGCUCCAUCAGAACCUCUCUACAGCCGGAGCUAUCGACCUCGAGGUCUUCGAGCUCGCCGGUCAAAUCUGGCUAGUUGUAGCCCAGUACUUCGACGGGCUCUACUACACCAGCGGGUCCCCUCUCUACCGCUGGGUCGGGGAGGAGGACGGACAGUUCGAGCUGUACAAGACCCUCCCGACUAAGGCGCCGAGGCGAUGGAAGCACAUGCUGUGCGGCAGCACCAACUACCUCUUGGUCACACAGGGAUCUGUUUACAACUCCACCGACAUCUACGUGUGGAGGGACGCCUUGGCAGACUUCGUGCUCUACCAUUCCGUCGACCAGCCCGGAGAUGACCUGGGGAUCUUCCAGGACCAGUGCCUUUUUGUCGUUGCGGGCAGUUGUGACGGUUGCACCCGCGUCUAUCAGAUCCGCGAUGGGGUAGUUGCGAUGCAGCAGGCCCUCAACGUCGUCCGAGUGGUCGGCCUGUCAACUUUCCGGGCUGGUUCUCAGCUUGUCAUCGCCUUGACCAUCGGAAGCGACUCGGUCGAUGCGGGCUGCGGCAACAGCACCAGCAACAGCACCAGCUACUCCCCAGCUCAUGUCGAGCUCUUCGCUGCGACUCAUCCCGUCCCAGCUACCAACCGCACCAUCACCGUGCCGGAUGGCAGCGAGACCGUGCCAGGAGCAGCUCAACAUGUGUUCAUGGACAGCCAGCACUACCUCAUGGUACACUCCCUCACGGAGACUCAGCUGUGGGCAGUGGAGGGAACGGGCUUCAGAGGAGGGGCCAAGUCGCUGACCUUCUGGCCGGAGGACGGAGCAAACGCUGCGCUCGUCCGAUACUCAGGAGCUGCCCCGUGGUCGCGGUUUGACUGCAACGGAACGAGCCUCUACGCGUUCGAGAUGUCCAGCGCGAUGCGAUCCUCCUACUCCUCCUACUCCUUCGCGGUGCAGGGAAAGAAUCCUUGA